AUGGAUUGUUUGGGUGAAAAUGCGCCAGCAGGAAAUACGUCGGCGAAUGCAUCCUACUGCCCGGCUUGCAUCGAGCGUGGUUGGAAUGUGCAGCCUCCCCCGGAAAUCCUACCGCUGACGCCCGCCUCAUCUCGUGAAACCAGCCCAGCGCCACAAAGUGCAAGAGAUACAGCGGCCUCAGAUUUUCGCCAGCAACCUGAUCAAGUGGCAGCGGGACAGCACGAACGCCAUGUGCACACUGAUCCGGACCAGUCUACCAAGAAUCUGCAGACUAGCUGCGAAAGCUCUGCUCCCAAAGCCUCUGUCACAGUUCCUGACCAGAUACAAUCACGACAGCAGCCUUCACAAGAUUACAAUACAUCAUUCGGAACACGACCCAGCCAGGUCGUGUUAAGCGAGCAACAACACCAGGAAGCUCUAUUGAACCGGCUAAGACGAGACUGCUCCUCAGCGUCCUUCCGGUCCCCUAUGCCCACUGACGGUACUGUGAAUCAAACAACUGCCGCAUCUAGGUCGAACCGGGCAAAGUCCAGGUAUCAAACCAUGCCUGACGAGGUGGACCAAGCGCUCACGGUCAUAUAUCGUGAACUGGAGUCCAUCACAGCUCUAAGGCAAGACAUUGCAGAGCUUCAAGAUCGAGUCAGGGCCGCCGAGCAAGCACGUCAGAUUUCGGAAGGCCGUCUGGCUCUUGAACGCUCAAGCCGAGAGGCCACUGCCAGCAAGGAUGCCGAAAUAGACUCUCUGAAGCAGCACCUUGCUGACCUGACGCGGAGCCACGAAUUGCUCGUGCAAGAGAAUAAUGCCCUGAAACAACGCAUGCAGGACGAACAGACGUUCACUAAGGCGAGGCUGGAGGAGAUGCAAUCCCUGAAGGCGAGUCUUCGCCGGUUGCUGGGUGAUUGA